AUGCGGCUCGAUGGAAACACGCCCGACGGCGAGCGGCGACUCCUCGGCGCGGUGGCUCCUGAUGAGAAGGAGGAGUUCUCCCGUGUGUUCGAGUCCCUCUCAGCCACAAAGUGCCCACCGCUCCCGGUGCUUCGCUACCCGAGCCCAACCGAACCGAGCCGAGCCGUGCUACUGCUCCCACCCCCACCCCCCUAUACAAACCCAACCCCCCCCACCGUCGCUGUUGUGGGCGAUGGAGCCGUGACCACCCUCCCUUACGCGUGCGAGAGGAUGCAGCCGGGCAAGGAGGAGGUGCGCUCCGGAAGCUGGAGGAGCCUCUUGCUGCUCUGGUGCUUCCUGUUCAUGCACCUGAUCCCGGGAACCGUGCACGAUUCAUUGCGCAUGGCGGACUACGUUCCUGCGUAUACCAGCGUCCAGAAUGAGUUCUCUCCAUCGGGCGGCUGGACUCGGACUGAGCGCUGCUUCCUGGGCAUCUUCUCUCAGAGGUUUAUUGGUCACGCCCAUCCGGGUCGUCCAGGUGUGUGUCAGUGUGGCGCAGGUGUGAGUGUGACCUUGCUCUGGCGCGUUGAGGUCGUCCAGCAGACGUUUCCACAGCAGGUGGACGAGGUCACGAGGUCACGAGGUCACGAGCAGCGAGACGGAGACAGGCUGCUCACGUCCUUCCGGCCCAAAGACGAGACAAUUAGGAAACAGUUUCUUGUCGCCUUCGCGGCGCCGCGGCAGCUCGAGCCGAGCGUUUCCACGGCAACACAUCCUUCCUCCAUCCGCCGCCACCUGUGGAGUCGCAAUGACAGGAUUCAUGUGAUGGAAGGAGGAAAUGUCGCUGGGACCAAUGUCACCGAGCCGGACAACGCGGCCAACGUGACCUCCCUUCUCGCCGAGGAGGAGGGGCCGGCCAAGGCCAAUGACAACAUCGCCAUGGUAACCACGAUGAGCAGCUCCGCCGGUCCCGACGCGGUGACCCAGCGGGCGGGCCGCGUCCCCCGGGCCGGCGAGGAGGACGAGCAGAGCAGCGGCAUGUUCGGGGAGGCGGUGGUUCCCGCGGUGGAGGAAGCCGGCGUGGCGGCGCCGCCUCCGCUCAUCCCCGAGUCGGCCGAGACCGAGCUCCUGUUGCCUAGCAACCCAUUAAAACCGGAUGAGGCUGAGGAGGAUGAGGAGGAGGAGGAGGAGGAGGAGGAGCGUCUGCCGAACACCGACCCCCCGUGGAUCCACUCCAAGGACACCGCCGUGUUUGACCUGGACCGCCUCUUCACCACCACCGCCCCCCCGCCCGCCGUCACCAACCCCUCCAACCCGGACGUCCUCCACGUGGACUUCUUCGACCCCUCGUCUCGCGGCCGCGGCCUGGACCUGGCGCCGGCGUCUCCUUCCUCCCUGGCCCACGAGCUGCAGGGGGGGGACCCGACCUCCUGGGCGAUGCCGGACAGCUACGACUACCUCACGCCCUACGAGGACGGCGUGUCACCCACCGCCGACGAGUACACCUACAGCACCACGACCGACGCCUACGAGAGCGAUGACGACCUCCGACUCGCCGCCGGGUCUCCGUCUCGCCCCCGACCUCGAGUCCCGAGCUCCUUCCUCCCCGGGGCCACGCUCCCCGGAGCUGGAGCGCCGGUUCCCAACGUCCCCGGGGGGGCGGCGCCUCCCGCGGCCUCGCCGGUGGACGGGUCCGACGGGCUGGGCGGAUGCCGCGCCGGCUUCCAGGCGGCGAACGGAAGCUGCCGCUCGCCGUGCGACAUGCUGCCCAACUACUGCUUCAACGGGGGACAGUGUUACCUGCAGGAGGGCGUGGGGGUCUUCUGCAGAUGUAACGUCCAGGAUUACAUCUGGCACAAGGGCGCUCGCUGCGAGGCGGUGGUGACCGAGUUCCAGGUGAUGUGUCUGGCCGUGGGCGCCUCGGCUCUGGUGGUCCUGCUGCUCUUCAUGAUCGUCGUCUGCUUCGCCAAGAAGCUGCACGUCCUCAAGACGGAGAACAAGAAGCUGCGCAAGCGCAGCAGUAAGUACCGGCCUUCAUCGGAGCAGCACAAUGAUAAUUUCUCGCUGUCCACCAUCGCUGAGGGCUCCCACCCAAAUGUAAGGAAACUGUGCGACACCCCUCCUAACGUCCCUCAUGCCCGUGCAUUGGCUUACUAUGAUAACAUUAUCUGUCAGGAUGAUCCUAACUCCCAGAACAAGCUGGAAGACCCGGUGAAGGCGUCGCCCAAGGAGGACGACUCCCUGAACAUCCACAACUCCCUGACCCCCAAGCACGAGAACCACAAGGUCCUGGGCGAGGACAACUCCUCGGAGGUAAACUCACUGCAGAACAACAUGAUGUGA